GUCUAUUUCCGGUUAACCGUUCUGGUUCGAUUUUGCGAACACUGAUGUCUUAUGAAAAUUAGCAUCGAAAAAUUUGCACCAUAAAAAACUCACAGGAUCAUCAAAACUAAGACCAGACAAAAUCCAAAAGUACAAACCGAUGAAGUAGAGUGUGCGUGUGAAUUUAAUGGCGGCCUUAGUUUUCACAUGGAGCUAUGGGAGAGAGAGAGAGAGAGAGAGAAGUUCCUGCUACUUCUAGCUCUCCAAAUCACGGUUUCUCUGCACACCACGGGACCCUUUUAUUUCCUUGACAUCUGCAUCAGAAAAGAACAAACAGUUAUCAGCACUCUCAUGACAUCUCAUGCACCAGUGGGCCCUUUUGCCAGCCACUCUCCUUGUUUUUAUUCCAAGCUCCCUCCCCCCCACUCUCUCUCUCUCUCUCCCUCUCUAUCUAUUUAUCUAUCAAUCAAUCAAUCUAUCUAUCUCUCGGCAACCUAUACCUCUCUAAAACUUCAUGGUUAUUGACCUUCUCAGUCCCCUCUCAACCCAUCCAUGGCUUCACCAUUCCCUCUCCAUUUGAUGCUGAUCUCUUUCUCUCUCUUCUCUAUCUUUACACUCCUCAUUAACCCCAGCAUUGGAAGUUCUCUAGCUGAGAAACACAGAAUAAAGUUGCAAAACCUUUCAUUCAAAGAUGGUUCAAGACCCAUAUGCUCUCCACAAAGGCCAAGAAAAGAGAAAGGUGAACUUCUUUUGGAGUUAAAGCACCAUGGCCGCUGCUCAAAACCCACUCUAAAUUGGCAUGAAGAAAUGCAGAAACUCUUGUUUUCCGACACCUCUCGAGUCCAAACCUUACAAGCUCUUGUAAGAACUGAAACUCUAGAGACAGGAAGCUUAUCAGAGACACGAAUUACCUUAGUAUCAGGCAUAAAGCUCAACAGUUUAAACUACAUAGUCACAAUUGGGAUUGGAAACGAAGAGAAGGUAGUUCUCGUCGAUACAGGAAGCGACCUAACAUGGGUUCAAUGUAAACCAUGCAAAUCUUGCUAUGAACAACAAGACGCAAUCUUUGAUCCCUCUCUUUCUCCAACAUAUAACCCCAUAUCCUGCAACUCCUCUGAGUGCCUAGACUAUGAGAACACUCUUGGAAAUUUCCACAGUUGUCCCUUGAACCAAACCACCUGCGCCUACUUAGUAACCUAUGGAGAUGGGUCUUAUACUAGGGGUAGCCUUGGACAUGAAAAGCUCUCUCUAGGAGUAGACCAAGAUGACUGGUUCAAAGGUUUUGUUUUCGGUUGUGGGCUCGAUAACCAUGGCCUAUUUGGCAAAGCCUCUGGUUUGAUAGGCCUGGGGAGAAGCCCCAUCUCUCUCAUUUCUCAAACCACCUCUAAAUUUGGAGGAGUUUUCUCUUACUGUCUUCCAUCUCCCAUUUCUAGUGAUUCCUCUGGUUGGUUGAGCUUUGGACAAGGGGCUAUCGGCACCGCUAACUCGAGUGAGGCCACAGCUUACACAUCGUUGUUAUCAAAACCAGGAAUCUCUACAUUUUACUUCUGCAAUCUCACAGGAAUUAGCAUUGGUGGUGUUCUAAUUGAGGUGAAUUAUUCAUCAAAUGGGCAAGUUGGGAGCUUGAUUGACUCAGGAACUGUGAUUUCAAGGCUUUUUCCCUCUGUUUACAAAGCUGUGAAGGCUGAGUUCUUGAAGCAAACCUUUGGUUUGCCUAGUGCACCUAAAUUCUCUAUCUUAGAUACUUGCUUUAAUCUUAGUGGUUAUGAAGAAGUGAGUGUGCCCACUUUGAGGUUUCAUUUUGAGGGUGGGGCUGAGAUUAAUGUUGAUGAGAGUGGAAUACUUUAUGUUGCAGAGAGAGAUAAUUCACAGGUUUGUUUGGCUUUGGCUUCACUGGGUUCAGAGGAGGAGUACAUGAUUCUUGGGAAUUUUCAGCAACAAAAUGUGAGGGUGGUUUAUGAUACCAAGGGAGAUAGGUUGGGUUUUGCAUCUCAAGUUUGUAGUGAGAUGUGAGGGAAUUGACAGCAUGUAUGUUGGAUAUAUAUAGUUUUCAGUAAUAUGUACGAUAUGAGACAUGUUUGAAUCUGGAAAUUGCAUAA